AUGGCAGAAUUUCAAGACCUGAUCACUGAGGUUGCGGCAUAUCUGGAGACAUAUAUGAAGAAGUACGACGGCUCCCACGAUUUUCAUCAUCUUGAAAGAGUUUUGGGAUUAUCCCACACCAUUUACGAAAAGCUCAAAACAACAAAAUCAGCGUCCUCCGUACCCCAACUAGCUCUAGAUCCCACGAUCAUAACACUCUCAGCACUUCUCCACGAUGUAGGGGAUAGAAAAUAUCUGCAAAAAGGCGAUGAUCCAAGUAUCAUGGUGCGAGAUCUGCUUCUUGGAUUUGGCGCCGAGCAGGCCCUAGCAGAGAAGGUGCAGAUUAUCUGUAGCGGAGUGUCGUACAGCUCGGAAAUCAAAGACCGUGAUUACGUCAAGACGCUCAUUGCUCAAUACCCGGAACUAGCCAUAGUACAAGAUGCGGACCGCCUCGAUGCCAUCGGUGCUGUUGGCGUAGGACGUGCCUUCACAUACGGCGGUGCUGUUGUUAAUCCAAGCAGACAGGAUAUGGAGGGCUCGAUCGCGAUGUUUGAGAUAAAACUUUUUAAAUUGGAGGGGAUGAUGAAGACGGAACCGGGGAUGCAGAUGGCGAAGGAGAGGAUUGCUAUUUUACGGACCUUUCGGAAAUGGUGGGAUAAGGAGGUGAAAGUUGCAGAUUUAGGAGCAUCGAUCUUGAGUUCUGCAAGCCAAUCACACACCGAGUGA